AUGUUUGUCCUAGUUGACAUAUCAGAGCUAAGGAGGAUCAGGGUUUCAAAGAUUGAGGUGAUCCCGGAGCCUGUGUUGGCUUGCGCCAUCCCGGAGCCUGUGUUGGCUUGCGCCAUCCCGGAGCCUGUACAUUUGUCCAGAGUCUCAAAACAGUUGACCUCUCUUACAAUUUCCUGGCCUCUCCUGACCCAGAAGCUUUCCAUUCUAUCAGCUGGAUCAACUUGUAAGAGAAUCAAUUUCACUGUGAAUGUGGCCUUUCUGACGUGGCUGAAAGGGACUAAUGUGACAUUUCCUGACCCUGGCGUGAAUGAAUUCAGCUGUGAGUUUCCUUCAGAUCUCCAUGGCAUCAGCCUGUUGAAUUACAGCUCAGUCAUAUCGUGUGAGGAGGAUGAUAAGAGGCUGGUUCAGGAGCUGAGGCUCUCACUCUUCAUCGGCUGCACAGCCCUCAUCAUCCUGAUCAAGUUCGGAUCAAUCGUUUUUGCUCGUCUCCGUGGAUUCCUCUUCAAAGUUUACAAAUAGUUGACCGCCAGGAUGUUGUGCUUCAGCAACAACGACUACAAGUGGGUAGAAACCGCCCUGUUGAACAGACUAGACUCUCAGUUCGCGGAGCGAAACGUCCUCCGCUGCUGCUUCGAGGUCAGAGACUUCAUCCCAGGUGAAGAUCACCUGUUCAAUAUCAGGGACGCCAUAUGGGGGAGCAGGAAGACCGUUUGUAUCGUCUCUAAAGAGUUCCUCAAGGACGGCUGGUGCCUGGAGGCCUUUACCCUGGCUCAGAGCAGGAUGCUGGAGGAGCUCAGAGAUGUUCUCAUCAUGGUGGUCGUGGGGAAUGUCCCCCAUUACAGACUGAUGAAACAUGAAGGUAUUAGGACCUUUGCCCAGAAGAGGGAGUACCUGCAGUGGCCGGAGGACACACAGGAUAUUCAAUGGUUCUAUGAGAAGCUCAUGUCCAAGAUUCUUAAGGAGAAAAAGUACACUUCCAAAGAUAACAAUGGGUGUAUCACACUUGCAAAUAUGACAGUUGGAACUUAA